AUGGCACCAGGCUUCAAGCGAGGCGGCGCGCGCGGCGGCAGCAGUACUUUUAGCAAAAAAAGUUUCGCCAAGAAACGCACGUCGCCUGAUGGCGACGACGACAGCGCGGCGCGCGUGACCAAAAAGGCCAAAGGCGAGGAUGCCGACAACGACGAUGAUGCGGUGCCUGUGGUUCCGGAGCUCAAGACAGAUGAGAAUGGGGAUGUGUAUGUGAGCUUGAACAGCAGCGGUAAGCGACGCGUGACGGUCAGCGAGUUCAACAAGAACACGCUUGUGAGUAUCCGCGAGUACUACUUUACCGAUGGCAGCGAGACGAAGCCGGGGAAAAAGGGUAUCUCGCUUACGGUCGAGCAAUACAAUGCUCUGCUUGCUGCUGCUCCGCUUAUCGAGGCGGCGCUGGCGAAGAAGGAUAUCCGGGUUGUAAGGCCGGACUACGAGGGCGAUGCUGGUGCGAAGGGGGACGUGGAGGAGAAGAGUAAGGAGCAGGGUGGGGAAGAAGGAGGCGAAGAGGAUGACGAAGAUGAGGAAUAG